AUGAAGUUAGUUGAAAUUAGUAAUAAAAUUGUCUUUCUUGACUUAAAAUAUGAAGACGAAGAUGAUAAUUUUAAUACUGGUGAAAAAAGACCUUUUCUUAUUCGCAAAAAGAAAGGAAAUAAAGUUUAUUUAAUUCCCAUUACUUCACAAGAAAAAGAGAGAGUUGGUCCGCUACAAAGAUUAAUUUCCUUUCCCGAAAAUCCAACUUGUCUAACUAGCAAGGAGUAUCCUUAUUCUUAUGCUAAUCUUAAUCGAAAAAUUGUUCUCAUGUUUAGGGAAGGAAAAUUUUUUUCAAAUAGUGAUUUUUGUCGAAACGGAUGUGCAAUUUGUUUGCCAGAAAGGACUUAUCAAAAACUUAUUGAUAAUUAUAGACGAUUUUGA